CCCGGCUGCUCCAGUCUAGCAGCCAGGCGGCCGCUGCCUCCGGCCGAAGCCGCUGCAAUUGGGAAGCGCCCCCGGCCCCCGCGCUGCUGCCGGGAUGGGGACGCCGCUGGCGGCUCCCUGCCUCCUCCUUCUCCUGGCCGGCACAGCGGGGCUCUGCCGCGCUUUUUUCUCCCUCCCGCUCCGCGUGUCCCGUCCGGCCGCCCCCAGCGGGUCGCUACCCGCCCCGGUGGUGUUGCGCCCGGCAAGCAGCAGCCGGCAGCCGGAGGCCCCCGGUGGCGCGGACGGCUUGGCCUUGGCUUCGGAUCCUGGGGGCACCCUUAACCUUUUAGCUAUGGUGGAGAAUCUUCAGGGGGACUCCGGCCGCGGCUACUACCUGGAGAUGCUGAUCGGGACCCCACCGCAGGCGUUAAAUAUUCUGGUUGACACUGGGAGCAGUAAUUUUGCUGUAGCAGGCGUACCUGAUCCUGAUGUCACCUCCUACUUCAAUACCGAGCUGUCAAGUACUUACAAAUCUCAAGGGAUUGAUGUCACAGUCAAGUACAGUCAAGGAAGCUGGACUGGAGUGCUUGGUACAGAUGUCAUUACUAUCCCAAAAGGAAUCUAUGGCAGCUACACCAUCAACAUUGCUACCAUUCUUGAAUCGGAGAACUUUUUCUUGCCAGGCGUUAAAUGGCACGGGAUUCUUGGUCUUGCCUACAAUGCCUUAGCCAAGCCUUCAAGUUCUGUGGAGACAUUCUUUGAUUCUCUUGUGAGGCAGGCAAAGAUCCCCAACAUUUUCUCCUUGCAGAUGUGUGGUGCUGGAUUACCUGUUUCUGGGAGUGGUACCAACGGAGGUAGUCUUGUUCUGGGUGGAAUUGAACCAAGUCUGUACAAGGGAGAUAUUUGGUACACACCGAUCAAAGAGGAGUGGUAUUACCAGGUUGAAAUUCUCAAACUGGAGGUUGGAGGACAGAACCUUGAACUGGACUGUAGAGAGUACAAUGCUGAUAAAGCGAUAGUAGACAGUGGAACCACACUCCUCCGUCUGCCCCAGAAAGUCUUCAGUGCAGUUGUGCAAGCGAUAGCUCGCACAUCUCUGAUACAAGAAUUCUCUUCUGGUUUCUGGACUGGUUCACAGCUUGCAUGCUGGGAUAAAACUGAAAGACCCUGGUCCUUAUUUCCGAAACUCUCUAUAUAUCUAAGGGAUGAAAACUCCAGUAGGUCGUUUCGGAUCUCUAUCCAACCACAGCUUUAUAUUCAACCUAUCCUUGGAAUAGGAGAGACUUUACAGUGCUACCGAUUUGGUAUCUCUUCCUCCACAAAUGCUCUAGUUAUUGGUGCUACAGUCAUGGAAGGCUUCUAUGUAAUAUUUGAUAGAGCCCAGAGGAGAGUGGGCUUUGCAGUGAGUCCAUGUGCAGAAGUUGAUGGCUCGCCAGUAUCUGAGAUUGAAGGCCCUUUCACAACAGCAGAUGUUGCAAGCAACUGUGUUUCAAGCGUUUCUUUCCAUGAACCAGUGUUGUGGAUUGCUUCCUAUGCUCUGAUGAGCCUGUGUGGAAUUAUCCUCCUUAUAUUGAUCAUCCUGCUGCUUAUUCCACCACGGUGCCAGCAUCGCUACACUGACAAUGACGUGGUCAAUGACGAAUCCUCCUUAGUGCGUCAUCGAUGGAAAUGAGAACUUGAGCGUCAAAUCUGGGACUUAAACAGAAUGAAAAACAAAGUACUUUGCCAAGGGGAAGAAGCCAAUGCCUCAGUCCUUUCUACGUUCAUUGCAAAUUGCUGUUGAAAUCCAGCCAAAUAUCCUGCAUUAUAACUUUUUAAACUUAUUUUCUAACACUGAUUCUGAACCAAAGCACUGUUAACCACCGCUUAAGUGCUACAGUACUGGAUUUGCUACUGCAGUAAAAUGAGCCUUAGUGCUCGCAAUAGUACCUUCUUCUU